AAGUGGGCGGAGAGGUGCAACGAUAACCCCGUCAAGUGGCGCAUCAAAUACGUUGGCGAGCAUAACCACCCACUCUCUCUCACCCCCUCUUUCUCCCCUUUCCCCUUCCCCCUUUCCCGCUUCCCCUUUUCCCCCCUUCCCCACUCCCUCUCCUCCCUGCUUUCCCCCGAUCCUCCUCUCCCCCACAGGAGCUACUUCCGCUGUGCCCACAAGACCACGGGGUCCCAUCCCUGUCCGGCCAAGAAGUGGGCGGAGAGGUGCAACGACAACCCCUUCAACUGGCGCAUCAAGUACGUCGGCGAGCACAACCACUCCAAGCCGCCGCCCCGGCCCGUCACCAUCACCAUCAUUCAUGACGGCCCCGUGGAUGGAACGGCCGCACUCCCCGCUCCUCCCCCUGCUUCUGCUCCUGCUGGUGUUGCUGCUGGUGCCGUCGCUGCUGGUUCUGCCGGCGGGGCGAACGGAGGGGAGACGACUGGUGGGGAGAAUGGGGGGAUGAAACAGCAAAGCACUCCCAAAGGCCGCGAUUUUCUGUCGGGUUUUGGACAGGGAGAGGGGUUGAAGGGAGUGGGGAGCGGAGAGAGGAGUGAGCAGCAAGAAGCGUGCCUUGGGCUUGCUGUGUCUUCUAAUGAGCUGUCCACAAGCAAGCAGCAGCAGCAGCAGCAGCAGCAGAAGCAGACAGAGGGAGAGAGAGGUAGUGGUGAUUGUGGUGCCGUAUCAGCAACAGAACGGGCUGAUCGUGGGGCUCUUCGGGCUGAUAUUAAGGGGGAGGCAGAUGGUUCACAAGCAGCAAACCUGCGAAGCGGGCCGGAUAAGCCAGGAGAAGGAGGAGGUAACAGUGCGGAAGCAGACUUGAAGCGAGAGGAGGGAGCUGCGGCGAAACGCACAAAGGUAGAAGGAAAGGUAGAAGGUAUGAGGAACGGGGACGAGGGUGGAGACGGCGAUGGAAAUGGAAUUGCCGGCAAGAAUGGGAGUGGGGAUGGGAACGGAGGCGAGGAGGAGCUGGAGAGUCAGCCGAGCAUUGACAUCAAGCCGCGGGAUGCCCAGUCCAAUCCCAGCGCAUGGGCCUCUGCCAUUGGUUCCUCUGCUAAUGACGCCUCUGUCUCUGCAGGCACCUCUGGGAACUCCAGUAAUCCUUUUCCAGGGUACACCGGCCCGCUCCCCUCUGCUCUCAUGCAAGGAGCCCUCCCCACGCCCAUGUGGCUGCCCUCUCUCCCUCGGGAUUCGCCCCGCAUUCUGAUUGGCCCGGGGGGCGCCAGGUGGCCGAUGGGGAGGGAUUCGCCAGGUCAGCUGCAGUCGCCGUUUAGCAUGCUGUCGCCGCUGAAUACUGCCCGGGUUUUUUCUGACGUGGCGCAGGCGCCGCUGCCGUCGCCUAUCGACCUGCCUGAGAUCAAAGGAGAGUAA